UCCCUGCUGCUGCGCUGGUCUCCAUCUCCCAGCAGAAGGCGCAGCCAUGAAUCCGUUAUUCGGCCCUAACCUCUUCCUCCUACAGCAGGAACAGCAGGGCUUGUCCGGGCCCCUGGGGGACCCUCUGGGAGGUGACAACUUCGCUGGCGGAGGGGACCUGCCCCCGGCGCCGCUCGCUUCGGCGGGCCCGGCCGCUUAUUCUCCUCCCGGGCCGGGCCCGGCGCCCCCUGCCGCCAUGGCUCUCCGCAACGACCUGGGCUCCAACAUCAACGUGCUCAAGACCCUGAACCUCCGGUUCCGGUGCUUCCUGGCCAAGGUGCACGAGCUGGAGCGCCGGAACCGGCUGCUGGAGAAGCAGCUGCAGCAGGCGCUGGAGGAGGGUAAGCAGGGCCGGCGGGGGCUGGCCCGCCGUGACCAGGCGGUGCAGACCGGCUUCAUCAGCCCCAUCCGGCCCCUGGGGUUGCCCCUGAGCGCCCGGCCGGCCGCCGUGUGCCCCCCCUCGGCGCGGGUGCUGGGCUCGCCUGCCCGCUCGCCAGCUGGACCCCUCGCGCCCUCCGCGGCCUGCCAAUCGACGUCCUCCACCUCCACCUCCACCUCCACUUCCUUCUCCUCGUCGGCCCGCUUCAUGCCGGGUACCAUCUGGUCCUUCUCACACCGCCGGCUCGGGCCUGGACUGGAAUCCACGCUGGUGCAAGGGCCUGGCCUAUCGUGGGUACACCCCGACGGGGUGGGCGUCCAGAUCGACACCAUCACUCCCGAGAUCCGUGCACUGUACAACGUGCUGGCCAAAGUGAAGCGGGAGCGGGAUGAAUACAAGCGGAGGUGGGAAGAGGAAUACACAGUGCGGAUACAGCUGCAAGAACGAGUGAAUGAGCUCCAGGAGGAAGCCCAAGAGGCUGAUGCCUGCCAAGAGGAGCUAGCCAUGAAGGUGGAACAAUUGAAAGCUGAGCUGGUGGUCUUCAAGGGGCUGAUGAGUAAUAACCUGACAGAGCUGGACACCAAGAUCCAGGAGAAGGCCAUGAAGGUGGACAUGGACAUCUGCCGCCGCAUUGACAUCACUGCCAAGCUGUGUGACUUGGCUCAGCAGCGCAACUGUGAAGAUAUGAUCCAGAUGUUCCAGAAGAAGCUGGUCCCAUCCAUGGGGGGGCGGAAGCGGGAGCGCAAGGCUGCUGUGGAGGAGGACACCUCCCUGUCGGAGAAUGAUGGGCCCCGCCAGCCUGAGGGUGACGAGGAGGAGAGCACAGCCCUCAGCAUCAACGAGGAGAUGCAACGCAUGCUCAGCCAGCUGAGGGAAUAUGAUUUUGAGGACGACUGUGACAGCCUGACUUGGGAGGAGACUGAGGAGACCCUGCUGCUUUGGGAGGAUUUCUCAGGCUAUGCCAUGGCAGCUGCAGAGGCCCAGGGAGAGCAGCAGGAAGACAGUCUGGAGAAGGUGAUUAAGGAUACUGAGUCCCUGUUCAAAACCCGGGAGAAGGAAUACCAGGAAACCAUUGACCAGAUAGAGCUAGAACUGGCCACAGCCAAGAACGACAUGAACCGGCACCUGCACGAGUACAUGGAAAUGUGCAGCAUGAAGCGGGGCCUGGACGUGCAGAUGGAGACCUGUCGCCGCCUCAUCACCCAGUCUGGAGACCGAAAGUCUCCUGCUUUCACUGCGGUCCCGCUUAGCGACCCACCGCCAGCGCCAAGCGAGACUGAGGACUCCGAUCGAGAUGUCUCAUCUGACAACUCCAUGAGAUAGGGACCAGUGCCUUGGCUCCCCAAAUACCACUGCACGCAGCCUGGUCCUGGGGCUGUAGUGUUCUUCCCCUUGGGCUUUCUCCUUCCUUGGUCUCUCCAGGGUUCUGGGGUGCCUGGAGCUAGGCUCAACCCUACCCUUCCUGGACAAUUCCCAUCAAUUGGGACACUCCUGCCUUCAACUGUGGGUAUCUUCUACUUCUCCAUCUUUAAAACGCUGCCAGAGCACUUGGGGUCCCUCCCUUCUCCAUUUUAUAAGGAAUGUGAAUGUGGGACCUGCCAGCCCUCCUUGAGGUCUACAGGCUGUCUUGGAUUUUGUACUGGUGCUAACCAGCCCAGGAACUGCACCAUGCAUUUAGAAAGGGCUUCACUCCCUAGUAAGGGGGAGGGUGGCAGACUGCCCCAGGCACUCUGUCCUACAUCUAGUUCACUUGCUCAUAGCUGCUCACCUGCCUAACUCUUCAAUGAAUGUGGCUGUGUAGCCCUCCACUUGGGGAAGGUCCAGUGUGCUGAAGGGGCCUGUGCCUGGACUGGGAGCUGUGUCCUGAAGGGAAACAAGUCAUUGCUGAGAGAAAAAGGUGAAGGUGCUGUGUGCACAUGCGACCAUGUGUGCUCAGAGGGUCUGCUUCCCCCAGGAUCAGCUGAAGAUGUGCCUCCAUGCUUGUCAAUUCACAAAACCAGCAGGCUUGGAAAGUGGGGAGACACAAUACCUCAGUAUGGGGAGGCUAUGUCGAGCUGACAUUUGAAUGGAAUCUUUAAUAAUAAUGAAGGUGGCAAGUAUUUGA